CGUACUCUGUGAGAACAUUUCAACAGAAGUGAAGUUUGGGCGAACAUAACUAGCCGCUCCGCCAUUCACAUACCAACACAGUGGCUCGCUUUUGUAGCCCCGUUUUUGGCUCUUUUUGACUUUAGGGACUCGGGCUUGACUAUGGAGGUGGUCCGGGUAAUUCUGUGUGUCCUGUCCGUGUUUGUGGCUCUGGUCCCGGACAGGUUUGUGGUGGUGGUUGCCUUCUCCCAGUCUUUGGACAGCGACUUCACAUUCACGCUCCCCGCCGGUCGCAAGGAGUGUUUCUACCAGUCUAUGAAGAAAGACGCCUCACUGGAGAUUGAAUAUCAGGUAUUAGAUGGUGCAGGUCUUGAUGUGGAUUUCUACAUCUCCUCUCCUUCUGGCCAAGUGCUGUUCAGCGACUACCACAAAUCAGAUGGAGUGCACACUGUUGAGACAGAGGACGGAGACUACAUGUUCUGCUUUGACAACACGUUCAGCUCCGUCUCCGAGAAGCUCAUCUUUUUCGAGUUGAUCCUGGACAACAUGGAAACGGACGAAGACCCGGACGACUGGAAGGAGUAUGUCCACGGGACAGACAUGCUGGACAUGAAGCUGGAGGACAUCAUGGUGAGGGACACCAUCAACAAUGUGAAGUCCCGGCUGGGUAAAAGUGUGCAGAUCCAGACGGUGCUGCGGGCGUUCGAGGCUCGCGACAGAAACCUCCAGGAGAGUAACUUCGACAGGGUGAACCUUUGGUCCGUCGUAAAUCUCAUUGUUAUGAUGUGUGUCUCGGCGCUCCAGGUCUACCUGGUCCGCUCACUGUUUGAAGAUAAAAGGAAAAUUCGUACAUAACGCCACCCCAAAUGGAGGGUCGCAGAGAGAGACACUACCGCACUGCCCUCGGAAACCUUUGGGAUUGUUUUUCCUGCAGAUCUCCUGGCUUGUGAUUUUUUCAACACAAGAUGUCAUCUAAACACACAUAUGGACACACACAAACACAAACAAAUGGACAUUGACAUUCUUAAUAACAAAAUCACCUCUGUUGUUGCUCUGGUCCUCUGUCCACUGGAGUUUGGGGGACAGUGGGAGUCCCAGGUUUGGAACUAUCAGCCCCUCUACUUUGCAAACUCAUGUCUCUUUAUUACAGAAAAAAACCCUCUUUGUCUCUAUUUAAAAAUUGUUUUUUUUAGUCCUCCCUAGCAGCUGUAAUUCUUCCCAGAAAGUGACAAGCACAGCACAACAAGCACGUUCAUGAUGUGACUAUUUUUCUAACGGAGCCUAAAGUUACCAGGCCAGUGGCCAAUUGCCAAAAAAAAGCCCUCUUUUUCUUAAGGGCAUGUUUUUAUUUGAUAUAAACUAGAUGAAGAAAUGAUACAUCUGUCUGAAGAAUUUGAUUUAUUUCUUCCAAAUAAGAGAAGAAAGUGCAACUAAUCAGUCAGCAAGUCUUCCCCAUACAGUGGUUAAAAAAAAAAAAAACGUACUUGUGUGUUACUGAGACGCCUUAGUGGUUUGUAUUAAGCUUUUGCCAGUCUGUGCCAGUCGUACCUUCCCUCCUUUUCAUGCCAAUACUGGAAAGUCAGGUGUUUAAGUGGGGCCAUGCUGCUAAUGCUGCUCUCAAGGGGCCAUUGAGUAGGAGAAAAGGAAACGGGCCAUCUUCAAAUCUUUCAAUGACUACUACUCUCCUUCCUUCUGCCGUGACUUGUGGAUUUGCAGCCUGCAUGGCAGCCAGCCUCCUCUGUGAAGCCUCACUGCUGCUGGCAGGUGUCUGUUUACAGCCGCCUACUGUGUGAAGAUGUUGGGCCCACUGCCUGUCUCCCUGGUGACUUAACGUCUAUUUCUAUCUUUUCUGACACCUGGAAGGUCAUUACCACUACUACAUGGGUGUACUGCUCAGUUUUAAUAUGCACGAGCCAUUCACUGCCUUGGCUGCAUCAGUAUUUCUUUUUAAAAACAUUGUAUCUGUGUGUUUCGUUUCAUAAUUUUAUUUGCCAUCGUUACAAACUAACAUCUGAUUAUUGCACUGUCUCUGAUGCCACAGAACAACAUUUUUGUCUUCAUGUUCUCGGAGCAUAAUUUAACAUGAUGGAGAGCAGAAACGGGUCCACAACUCGUGCUCACGUGUGAGUGAAGGAGCUGCUGUGCAUCCCUCGUUUCCUAUGCAGUAUUGAGACACUACAGUUGGUUAUAGUUGCUGAGAGGAUUUAUUUUAUUGUCCUUUACUGAGCUCCACAGGAAACUUGGUUACUCACUACCCUGCUGGAAGCUUCAUGCUGCCAUCUCCUGAGUUUGCCCUGUGCUGUGAGACAAACAUACAGUGAGUUAAUGCCUUUAUAAUUUAACCCAUUGAGGCCUAAAACGUCUGUAAAACCUCUGGGCGAUUUUAAAAUAAGCUCCAAAACCUGAAGUUUUUCUGGAAAUUCAACAGAAGUGUCAACGCUUCUACUAAAUAAUAGAUUUUUCAGCCUCUGUAGCAGAUAGAAAUUAAAUUCAAAAAGUAUUUGAGAGCUUAUACAAAUACUACAAAACGACGUAUCUGCUUUCCAGGCUUCAAUGGGUUAACAGCCUUAUGUUGGAAGUGCUGUAAAACUUUGUCAAGCUUUAAAAAGAUAGUUUUGCCAUACAGUAUGUACAUAUCGCGGCUCCCUGCAAUACCAUAGAAUGCCUAUCAAUGGUUGUCAGAAAUGGUCAUCCUCUGCCUCAGUUUAAGUGCUAAUAAUUAAUUAAUUAUCACCAUCCUGUGCUCCUCUGCCCACCUGAUCUCACUGUAGUAUCCAGCGUUUAAUUUAAGUAAUGUAUGUUGAGAUUCUAUACAUCCUGUAAGUAACGGAUUAGCAAUAUGAAGUUACUGAUUUAUUUUAAAGUGCAUCAGAGUUCUACAAAAAUAAAAGUCUACAAAUAUUUUAAAAAUUAUUUCUAUUUCUAAGUUGCUGAGUAGGACAUUGUUAAAGUUUCUGGGUCAACAACUGAACUGUCUUUGAAAAGUAUUUUUUACUAUCCUGAUGGACCAGUGGGGGAAGAGAGAAUGUGAAGUUACAAUAUAUUUAUUCAACUAAUGUCCUGUAGUUGUAAAUGUGUAUAAAUUAAACAAUCAUACCUUUUUUGA